CCCCCCUCACUCCUCCUCCCCCCUCUGCCUCCUUCCCUCCCUCCUCCCCUCUACGGGCCCUGUGUGGGUCAGACAGGACCAACAUGGCGGCGGGAGGAGCGUUAGCCUCCGUACCGGCGGCAGUGUGAGGGUCGGUUUGUCCGGGAGGAUGAACGUGUGCGCUCAGUAUCUCCGACAGGCAGAGGCCCUGAAGGCUGACAUGACAGAUUCAAAGCUGGGGGCGGCGGAGGUGUGGACGUCCCGACAGGCCCUGCAGGAUCUGUACCAGAAGAUGCUGGUGACAGACCUUGAAUACGCUCUGGACAAGAAGGUGGAGCAAGACCUGUGGAAUCACGCCUUUAAGAACCAGAUCACCACGCUGCAGAGCCAGGCCAAGAACCGAGCCAACCCCAACCGCAGCGAGGUGCAGGCCAACCUGUCGCUGUUCCUGGAGGCAGCGAGCGGCUUCUACACACAGCUGCUACAGGAGCUGUGCACCGUCUUCAACGUGGACCUGCCGUGCCGCGUCAAGUCGUCUCAGCUCGGCAUCAUCAGCAAUAAACAGGGCGGCGGCGCCAUCGUCACACCGCAACCCAGCUCCUGCUCCUACAUCUGCCAGCACUGCCUCGUCCACCUGGGAGACAUCGCUCGUUACCGUAACCAGACCAGCCAGGCGGAGUCGUACUACCGACACGCAGCUCAGCUGGUCCCGUCCAACGGUCAGCCCUACAACCAGCUGGCCAUCCUGGCCUCCUCCAAAGGAGACCACCUCAGCACCAUCUUCUACUACUGCCGCAGCAUCGCGGUCAAGUUCCCCUUCCCGGCCGCCUCCACCAACCUGCAGAAGGCUCUGUCCAAGGCUCUGGAGAGCCGCGACGAGGUGAAGACCAAGUGGAGCGUGUCUGACUUCGUUCGGGCCUUCAUCAAGUUCCAUGGCCACGUCUACCUGAGCAAGAGUCUGGAGAAGCUGGACCUCCUGAGGGAGAAGCUAGAGGAGCAGUUCCAGAGACUGACCCUGCAGAAGGCCUUCAGCUCCCAGCAGCUGGUCCACAUCACAGUCAUCAACCUGUUCGAACUCCACCACCUCAGGGACCUGACGGCUGAAGGCAGCGAGCAGAUCUUCAACGGCGAGCAGCAGGUUGGCUGGUUCCAGCUGCUGGGCCUCUUCAUGUCCUUCCUGGGAGUCAUGUGCAGCCGCGUUAUACUCAACAACAGCCGCGGGGAGGAGAUCAUGGGGGAGUGUCCUCUGCCGGCCAUCAAGGUUUCUCUGGACUGGCUGAAGCUGAGACCCAGCAUCUUCCCCGAGGCCGCCAUGGACCAGAGGCAGCACGUUUGGCCCUGGCUGGUCUCCAUCCUCAACAGUUUCCAGCCCAGAGAGGACACCGUGUCCUUCUCCUCGGUGACGCCCCUUCCAGAGGAGUUUGAGCUGCAGGGUUUCCUGGCUCUCCGGCCCGCUCUGAGGUCCUUGGACUUCACCAAAGGUCAUCAGGGCGUCCUGGUGGACAGGGACGGCCUGCCGGUCCACACCCGACAUCAGAGACUCAUCAGUUUGGGCAGAUGGGUGGCCGACAACCAGCCGGGGCUGAUCCAGUGCAAGGUGAGCGAAGACGGCCUCCUCGUCUUCAUCACCGACAUUCCAGAGCAGGCCGUCGAGGAGCCCCUGGAGAAGGAGACGCCGGUGCUGCAGGAGUCGUCCAACGCCGAGCAGACGGCCAACGACGGCGGCAACUGCGGCCUGAAGUCGGUGCUGUCGGCGGGGAAGACGCAGAGCUCGUGGCCCGACGGGAGCGAGCGACCCGUCGUCACCUUCAAGGAGAACAUCAAGCCCAGGGAGCAGAGCCGAGAGCCCACGCGCAGCCUCCCCCUGAAGGACAGCGGCAAGGAGCGCCGGGACUUCACCAAGGGCAACGCGGCCGCCGGGAAGGGAGAGCCGAAGAGGGACGGGAAGAGGAAGAGCGAGCUGAAGAAGGCCGGACACGAGAAAGCCGCUGACGCCGUAAAACAGGUGAAGGCGCAGACGGAGAUGAGGAAGACUCCGGUCCCUGAGGCCAAGAAGACUCCCGUCACUCAAAUGCAAACCACCUGCUCCUCCCAGUUCAUCCCCACCAUCCAUCACCCAGGAGCCUUCCCCCCCCUGCCCAGCCGACCUGGUUUCCCACCCUCGGCCUAUGUGAUCCCGCCCCCGGUGGCAUUUCCAGGCCUCCAGGUGAACCCUGGCUUUACUUUCCCUGCUGGAGUGACCGUCCCCGGUGCCUUCCUCCAGCCGGGCGUCCACACCCAGACCGCCGGCCAGUCCGGGAAGCCUUCCCACAUUCCUUACAGUCAGCAGAGGCCCUCUGGUCCCGGCCCGGGUCAGGGCCCGGGGUCCUCCUGCCCCCCCCAGGGUCAGCAGCCCCAGAACCAGGCCAUGCAGUCGGUGCAGCUGCAGGCAAUGAGCCAGCAGUCUCCCACCAAACCGGUCCAGCAGGUCGGGAUGGGCAAGAGUCCACCUCACCACCCGGGUCUGCAGCAGUUCAUGCAGGUCCAGGAUCAGCCGGCUCAGAUGUGGAACCAGGCUCAGGCCGCUCUGCAGAAGAUCCCCCCCGUGCCGAUGUCCAUGAAGCAGCCUCAGCAGCAGCAGCAGCAGGCGGCCUUCUACAUGGCAGCUCAAGAUCCUCUCAAACUCUACGAGCACCAGAUGGACAAGAAGAUGAAGUUCCCCAACGUGAAGAUCCAGGACUUCUACUGGGAGCCCACCUACAGGGUGGGGGACGGUUUGGCUGUCAUGGCAGACAGGAUGAAGAGGCCUCCCCCGGGGGGGAUCUGCCCCGAGCAGGACGGCUCCACCGGCCCCAGGGGCCCUCCGUUUGAGGACAACAAGCCUCUUCUACCUCCUGACCUGUUAAAAUCUCUAGCAGAUCUUGAGGAGGAGGAGGAGGAGCUGGUCUUUUCUAAGCCUCCUGAUUUCUUCCAGGCCUUGGCCGGUCCUCUGAGCUCUGCUCCUGGACCAAACUUAUUUCUGCCAAACCAGACCCGGAUGGAGAGCGGCGCCGAGGUCGUCUCCUCGUCUCUGCUGCCCAUGUCCGGCUUCCCCAUGCAGGAGUACAACCAGAACAGCAUCUUCAGCCAGGCCUACGGCAAGAGCCUGCCGCCCUGCUCCAAGCCCGACGCUCCCAUGAUGCACCAGGAGCCGUCCCUGUACUCGCUGUUCGAGGGGACCCCCUGGUCCCCCUCCCUGCCCGCCAGCUCCGAUCACUCGACCCCCGCCAGCCAAUCCCCUCACUCCUCCAACCCCAGCAGCCUGCCGUCUUCCCCCCCCACGCACAAUCAUGGCGCUGUGCCCUUCUCCAACUUUGGGCCCAUCGGCACUCCAGACAGCCGGGACCGCAGGAUGGUGGACCGCUGGAAGGCCGACAAGACCGGGGCUGUCAGCGGCUUCGGACUGGACUACCUGCCGGCCCCGCCCUCCUCUGCAGCUUCAGACACCAGCUGGCACCAGGCCGGGCCGACCGGCAACUCCUGGACCAAUCAGGAGUCUCCGAUGGAGGAGUCGUCCUCCACCGUGCUGCUCGACAGCCUCAAGUCCAUCUGGUCGAGCUCCAUGAUGCAUCUUAGGCAGUGGAUUCUGAAGCGCUCUGGGUUCAGCAGAAGCAGAAUCAGCACUAGUUCAGGCCCUAUGAGCAUACGUAUUGAUCGGCGUGCCCCAGAGAAGACGAUCAUUAGCUCCACACUUCAGCCGUAA